AUGGACAACUCAGUGUUCCUUGUAACAAAGCUACCACGGCUGUAUAAUGUGUACAAGAAUAUGGGCACUGUUACAUCUUUUCAGAACAUCUUGGAUAAUGUGUUCAUACCACUUUUUGAAGUCACAAUCGAUCCAAAUACUCAUCCUCAGUUACAUGUAUUCCUAAUGCAGGUUGUGGGUUUCGACCUCGUAGAUGAUGAAAGUAAACCAGAAAGGCGUCCUACCAAGCAUAUGCCCAAGCCAGCUGAAUGGACAAAUGAGUUCAAUCCUGCAUACUCUUACUAUGCUUAUUACUGCUAUGCAAACUUGUAUACUCUCAAUAAGGUUUGUAGGCUACCGAAAUCUCAUUUUGUCAUUGUUAUGAAAAAUGUUAGUAUGUGCUGAUGCACACUGUUAAGCGUAUCCUAACAAUUGACUGUUUAAUUAGUGCCUAAAAAUUAUAUGUUUCAUGCCAUGGUGGUAUUCGUUAUUGCAGACCUGAAAUGUCUAGGAAUUCCAAUUGAUGACAACCUUAGCAUGGUCAAUUUAUCUGAAGUGUCCUAUCAAAAAAAUAUUUAUCUGAAGUGAUGUUGAUCAAAUAUUCAGCUUUACUUUGUGUCACUGCCUUGAGUAAUUUUAACGGCAUAGUGCCUGGAGUUCUCCUUGGACAUUUUCCCUUUAUUUAGGCCUGUUAAAUUACUAGGAGUUCUCUUUGGGACUAUUUAUAUAUUGCAUUCCUGGUGCUCCAAAAAAAUUUUAGUGUUUCCUCAAUGGUAGCAUGGUAUGCCUGGUAGUGAAAUCCCAAGAGUGAGAUUCUAUGGUGUCUGGAAUAAUUCAUAUUGUAAUUCACAUGACUGAAAACUUGACUCUUUUCGCUGCAGGAAGGGAUGUUUGGAAUUAUUUUCUUUUGUUUAUAUUAUCCAUAUGUUGUCAAGAACAAUAUAUCGAGAACCAUAGUUAUCA